AUGUACAUCCUCCCAGGCUGGGUACCUUUACCGCACCAAAGGUAUCCGCACCUCAGCCAGACAUGGAAUGAGACUCUGAUCUCUGCUUCCCUUUUUUUGUGCUCCUUGCUUUUUCCAAAGGCACAUGGCCUUAACGACCCGCGAUCUUCGCAUACAACGUGCCUUCCUUCUGCUUCGCGCAGCAUGAUCCCAUACAUACGAGGCAAGAUGCGCUGCGUGUCUAUUGAUGUUUUUCCUAAUCUCAGGCAGGUGUGUUUGUGCAGAUUCGCUGUCUUGGGCAGGUGCUGCUGCACCUGA